AUGUCAAGAAAGAGCACAAGGGUGUGCUUUAGCCCUGAUGUCAACGACAAACCCACCCUCUUCCUCAAACAUGGCCUCGAUGGUAGUAACAACAACGCCGAGAAAGUUUCAAGAAAUAGGAAGAGGAUUAUUGGAGCCUGUGCUUUGAGAUUGCCUAUAGACCCAAAAUUGCCUCCUGUUAGGUUCCUAAUGCGGCUAGGAACAAAGGUUGCAAGUGCUAUAAGAGAUGUUUCUUUGAGAAGGAGAUCUUCCAGGAAAGUUUCUUCAUCCACUCUGGUCAGGUCACGUUCAUUAUCAGACCUCACAGAUUCACAUCGAGCCGAAACCGUAGAAGAUUGCAUUGAGUUCUUACAUUCCUCUUCAUCUAGGGAGAGACCAAGAAUUCUGUAA